CUGGUGCGCUCGUCCGUUGACGAGAUUGUCCGCCCUGGUUUCACGCGCCACAGGAGUUAUGAUAGGUUUCACCAUCACAAUGCCGUUCUGGCCGCAGCGCAGAACGUGCCGGGGUUGAAACCGGAAAUGCAACUUGAUGCACGGUGGCAGGAAGUGCUGUAUUCCUUUCUGCGGACAGAUCUUGCGCGGGGCAGUAGUGAAGAUAUCCCAAUGGAAGAAGUCGCGGACCAGCACGUCAUGGCCGACAGGGAGGAUGCUGCGUUGCGUGGACUGGAGAAAGAGCAGAGGAGUGCGGUCGCGGCGAUCUCAAAGUGGAGCAGCAUGAUCAAAGGUGCCGUCGCUCGAAGAGAGAUGUUCGGACUCCCUAACGAAACCAAGAGGCAGGAGUUGCAAAGCCGCAUGUUCUUUACACCGAUCAAGUAUUUCUUCCAUCAGGGUCGGGAUGACGAAGCGGUGGCUGCGCCGGUGCAGGAAUACGAGAAGACGCGCGCUCAACUGAGGCGUUCGUCCGAAAUUGGAACCAGCGAAAUAACUCGGAUCCCUUUCACAUGCACGGAAAAAGAAAAAGAUCGGCGUCUGAGCUUGGCGCAGAACCAGGAGCGUAGCCUCGCGAACCGGUUGUUUGCAGUGUUUUCCGAUGACUUCAGGGAUGAUCGUCAUGGGUUUGUGAGAGCGGGAAAUAUCGGCAUAGAGUACGUCAACGCCUUGCUUGCGGCCUCGCGGAGCAUCCAGAAGACGGAAAAGACGCUCAACGCCAAUCUGGUGCUGCGUCGCAUGGCCGACGUCGGAGCGAUUCAGC